AUGAUCUAUCGUUCAAUAUUCGCGUUUACUUUAAUUAUAACUCUUUUUGUUUACACAUUAAAUGCGAUAAGUCCUUCAUAUCUUCAACAACAUCAUUAUAAAAAAUUAUUGAUUCCCAAUAUUAUUGGUUUUGAUUAUCAAAGUCUGCCUAGUAUUAUAGAACAAGAUAAUAAUGAUGAUGAUGGCGAAGGAAUUAGUGAUGAUUAUACUUUAAGACGUAAUAUAUUUCGAAAUUUCCAUUUAAGUCCAUUAUGGUUAUCACGACGAACACGUGCAAGUCGUUUUUAUGCAACACCAUUAUGGAUUUCUCGAACUGGACGGUAA